UAUUGGUGCGCUGAGUGCGCUGCCACACAGCUAAAAUCAUACAAUUUAGUUUUACAAAACAAAACAAAAUGAGUCAAUAUAGCCACGUUAAGUAUACUCAGUCGCCAACGCCGUCUGUGGUCUCCGGCUACUCCAGCGCCUCGCGGCUCCAUUCGCCGCUGCCGCCGCCGGUCAACCACCGAAAAGACUGCCUGUCGGCGACGACCAAAAGCUAUAAGUAUCUGAGACGACUGCUAAAGUUUAACCAAAUGGACUUCGAGUUUGCUCUGUGGCAGAUGAUUUAUCUCUUCGUGGCGCCCCAAAAGGUCUACAGGAACUUCAACUACCGAAAACAAACCAAAUCUCAGUUCGCCCGCGACGACCCAGCUUUCUUGGUGCUAUUGGUGAUCUGUCUAUGUGUCACAUCUCUGGGAUUCGCCUAUGUAUUGGGACUCUCUUUCUGGCAGAGCAUUUCCUUCAUCUUCUACGUGGUCUUUGUGGACUGCAUCUUUGUGGGCAUCAUCAUCGCCUCCUUCUUUUGGGCAGUUUCGAACCGGUAUCUUCGAACAAACAGCCUGGAGCCGGAUAUUGAAUGGGGAUAUGCCUUCGACGUGCACCUGAACGCCUUUUUUCCGCCUUUGAUGCUGUUGCACUUCAUUCAGCUAUUCUUUUACAAUUGGCUUAUCAGCCAGACGUGGUUUAUUUCACGGUUCCUGGGCAACACGUUUUGGCUGCUGGCUAUGGGCUACUAUGUGUACAUCACCUUCCUGGGAUACAAUUGCAUUCCUCAUCUGAAAAACACACGCAUCAUACUCAUUGCGUUACCAGUCAUCUUCCUCCUCUACCUAGUCGUCACAAUUAUUGGUUGGAACGCCACGAUAUCCUUUGUAAAUUUCUACAAGUACCGCGUUUAUUAAUUAUGUGACGAGAAUUGUAAAUUAUUUUGGCGUUUAGCUACUAAGCAACCACGAGUAUGACUAAUAAAAUAUUUAAUUUAGACUUAUC